AUGGACGACUCUAUAUACUUCAGGAUAAAAAAGCUGGCCGAAGCGGGCGUCUUCAAGAACCCGGAGAUAGAUAGACUUGGUUAUGGAACCUUCCAAAGACGCCAGGCUGUGGAAUCGAGCCCGUCCAUACAAAAGGCUAGGGAUCUGAGAUCCAGGGUUGAUGCUGUGCUAAAAGAAUCCACCCACAAAGGAAUAAAGAUGGUCAUGGAGGUAAUUAUGAUGUAUAUAAAGGGAUACAUGGAGGAAAGUAGCAGAUAUAAAACGGUCGACAUUAUCCGAGGAUGGAAAAGCCUUGGGAAAUACAUCAGGGAGAUGGUUGGGUCUCUAAGUGAAGAGGAAGACAUCGUCACAUUCCUUAGACUAGUCCUAUUCAAUGUGAAGUUCCAUUAUCUGUAUUUGGAAAGCUCACUGAUAAUCAAACAAGGAAGAAGAAAUGAAAGCAAGGAGGGCGUAUUGGCAUACUUUCUAAAUGAAUACAAUGAUCUUUACAAUAUAUUCAUAUUGUCCAAGAUGAGGAAGUUUCAUGUUCUUCGUCCAGAUGAUCUUUCAGAUAUGAUAAAAGAGAAAAUAAACUCGAUGUAA